AUGCGGCUGCCCGGCGGGACACCACCAGCCCGGUUCUUCUUCGUCCUGUGCAUCUGGAGGCUGGUGCCGCGCCGGGAUGCCGCAGGAACGGAGGAAGUGGUCUUUGGGAAGGUUGGAGGAAGCAUCCUGCUUUUAUGCCGUAAUGUCUCCAAAGAAGCAACCGAGGUGGUCUGGUUUCAAGGGGAUCCACAUUCUUUUCCCCCACUCUUCUCCUCAAGGGUCACCUUUCCCCCAGAUGUCCGUUUCUCCCUGGUUGACAACAGCUCUCUGCGCAUCACAGAGCUGCGUUUGCAGGACGAAGGCAACUACACUUGCAAGGAAGUGCUGAACAGGACCGACCAUGAGCACAGGGUCCAGCUUGUAGUAGCCAACCCACCACAGGCAGCCCCAAAGUGCUGGGCUGAGACCUCUUCGUCGGGGCUGAUGCUGCAGCUGUUUUGCAGCUGGCCUGGGGGUUACCCCCACCCCACCCUGCACUGGAGAGAAGAGGGGCAUGAUCUGGAGAACUCAAGCUGGGUGAUCAGCUCCUCGAGCUCCUCUGACACCCACGUGGAAACACUGAACAGCUCCCACCUGUCCCACCGCAAAGUGUUCAAGUGUGUCGGGAGCCACGUUGUCACCCAGGAGGAGCCUUCCUGCACUGUGCAGAUAAAAGUCCCUUCCCUGGAAUCAGAGCCCCCGAAGACCUGCUUUGAGGGUGACAACGUGACCCUGACCUGCCGAGUGACAGAGAGCAGCCCGGCGGCGAGGCUCACCUGGCUGCGGGGCAUCACCCAGCCAGAGGAGGAGGUGCAGGCUGGAGGGAGGUACCUCAUCAGCCAGGAGGGCAACGUGUCCCACCUCACCAUCCAGAACUGCUCCCAGGGCACCGAUGGGGGCUGCUACGUCUGCAAGGCCCAGAACCCGGUGGGGCUGAGGGAGCUCUUCGUCUGCCUGACCGUCAAGCAGCCAGUGAACGUUGUUGGAGUUGUGGGUGCAGUGGCUGUCCUGUCCCUGCUGGUUAUUCUCACUGCCACUGGGCUUGUCUUGUACUACAAUCCCCUCCUGUGCCUGACAGGUGCUGCCUUCAGGAACCAAGACUUGGGUGAUGUCUUAGUGCUGGUGGACUCAGAAGAUGACGAGGAGGAGAAGGGAGAAGAGGAGGCCAUGAGCAGCUCCAUCAAGCACAAAGUGAUGGCACUGGUCAAUGGAAACAGCAUCCAGGGUGCUUACCUCAACUGCCUGACAGAAGGUGAUGAUGGUGAGCAGCACAGCAGGGGCUCUCUGCAGGAAACAAGGGAAGAGGAGACACAAGGCUCAUAG